AUAAUUCGGGGGAUAAAGAGAAGACCUUGGUUACAGUGUUUUUGACUGGUCUUUACUGACAUCUGCUGGCGAAGAGUAGAACAGCAUGUAUUUGAGUCUAUGGAGACGCUAGAACUGAGCGAAAGCAGCUGCUCUUGACAGCACAAAGGUGAACAAAGUUGUCCUAAAUGCUGCAGAAUGGAGUCAAGUGGAAAACCUUCAGCAGCACAGAUUGUGGUUUUAGCCACCAGCUCUACGCUGACUGCCAUAUUUUAUUCCAUUUACAGAAGCAGAGCUAAAACUGUUUCCCGUUUAAAGGAAGCUAAGAAAGUCUCCAUUGAUAAGGAUUUAAAAGCCACCCUGUCUGAAACCCCUGGAAGAUGUGUCUCGUAUGCUGUCAUAGAAGGUGUGGUGAGAUCAGUGAAGGAGACUCUGAACAGCCAGUUUGUUGAUAAUUGCAAAGGAGUCAUUGAGAGGCUGACACUGAAGGAGGAAAAGAUGGUGUGGAAUCGCACCACUCACAUAUGGAAUAGCACAGAGAAAGUCAUCCACCAGCGCACUAACACGGUUCCAUUUGCAAUUGGCUCUCACGAUGAAGACAUCACCACCACUGUGCGGGUUGUACGUCCCUUAGAUGGAGCAGAGCUGGACCUGGAGACUACCUAUGAGAACUUCCACCCCACAGCCCAGUCCCUGUCCAGCGUCAUUGGCCACUUCAUCAGCGGAGAGCGGCCAAAAGGGGUCCACGAAACGGAAGAGAUGCUGCGAGUGGGCGACAGUUUGACGGGAGUGGGUGAGCUGGUCCUGGAUAACAACCUGAUCAAGCUCCAACCCCCCAAACAGGGCUUCUGUUAUUUCCUCACCCGGCAGGACUACGAGUCUCUCCUGAGGAAGCACGUGAAUGGCGUGAGGGUGUGGAGGAUUCUGGCGGUUGUGUUUGGACUCGCCACCUGUUCCACGCUCCUCUUCAUGCUGUGGAAGUGGUACGUUCACUGCAGGGAGAGCAGAAAGAAGAGGAGCAUUCUAGAAGAGUUCAAGGAGCAGCAGAGGAAGCGCAUGCGGGAACUGAAGAUUGAUGAGAACAGCGUUCCCCCAACUAACUGUACCGUGUGUCUGAGCCGGGAACGCUCCUGCGUGUUUCUGGAAUGUGGUCACGUGUGUUCCUGCGGUCCAUGCUUCGAGGCCCUUCCAGAGCCAAAGAAAUGUCCCAUCUGCAGGGCGACUAUCGACAGAGUGGUGCCUCUUUACAACAGCUGAAGUCAACAAUUAACCCGAAUGUCAGUCUGAAUUUCUCAGGCUUGAAAAGGGCACUUAAACAAGCCCUGAUAGUGACACGUUACCUGUGCUGAACUGGACUGGAGUCAAUGUUGAAAUGAAAUUUGUAAGCUAAUUCAUAUCCAUUAAGACAUUGUGUAAUCUUAAGAGAGAAAAUGGGAUCUCGUUGUUCUCAGGCUUACAAAUAUUGAUCCAACUCUACCCCACUUCCACAAAAAUCUAUCGGAGAGAUAAAAGCAUUGUACAAGGGUUCCACUGGAAGGACUUUAUGUUUGGUGUCAUUAAAGCCUUAUAUUCAGUCAUCAGCUCUCACUUUUUUACUCUUGUUAAAAGGAAUGUGACACUGACUGUAGGGGCUGUCAUCUCUCUAGGUUUAUACGUACAGAGGAUCUAAAAUGUGCACACAGCCCUUUUGAAAAGGCAGAUUUUUGUUGUAUGAAAGAAUAAGACCUUAAUAAUUAAUUUCAAUACUUUGACAUACAUCCUGUUCAAUUAAACUAGGAAAAACAUCUGUUUGGGGGAAAUACAAAUUAAAGUUUCAGUAACAGUUGCGUAAGUAAAGAGACAUUUCAACUAAUACUGGUUGAAGCACCUCCUGAUUUAAUAUUGUUCUACCUUGCAAAUGUCUGCCAGAUCUAUCAUACUGUGAGGAUAUCUGUUGUUUACUGGUAACCCUGCAGACUUCCUGUCAGAUUUAGUUCUGACCUCAGAAAUGAUUCCAAAACUUUUAUUUUUUUCCAUCGAUCCUGUCUUUUAAUAAUUUUGAUGAAUGCCUGGAGUCACUGCGAUCGUAAGAAAUGAAUGCCCUGGUCAGCUUUGUAGCAGACACCUGAAGGUUUUUGUACAGAAAUGAAAGAAAAAGCUUCUGUUUUACAACCCCACUCCUUUGUCGUGAUCCAUACUAUCUAUACAGAAAUUCAUGCAGCUACUCCAGCAUUGCUGCGGACCUUUUGGAAGCCUCUAGACUAAGUUUCAUUCUCGUCUUUCCAUGACAUUUGGAGAAACAUCCAGUUUUCGUAACGUCACAGUUGCCUUUAUAUUUUCUCCAAAUAUUUAACAGUGCCUUGGUAUAUUUAUAAUGCUGUUGAAUUUUCUUUCUAACCUUCUCCUGAUUGAUACUUUUUUUCCACUGUAAAGGUUGAAAAAAGCAAUGACAUUAUAUUAUGGUGUUAUGUUUUUAUAUCCCAAAAACCUGCUAAUUUACUUCAACUGUGUAUCCACUGAGACGUCCAUAACUAAGAACAUGUAUCAAAGGUCACAAUGAGCUUGAGGACCUUGACUGGUUGUGCUGGUUGGUUUAGUUUCAUCAUAUUUAUUGUGUGUGUGGUCAAAAAUCCCAUCCAAAUAAAAAAAUGGAUUCUAACAGA